GGGAGCGCCCGGCGCGUCCCGCCCUCCUGCCUCCUCCCUCUGUCCCCUCCCCUCGGCGGCGGCGGUGGAGAUACCGGGCUCCCUCGCUUUUCUUCACAUGGGGCUCGCCCUGCGGGCGGGACAGCGCUCCUGCCCUCCCGCCGACCGCUGAGAGGGACCCGGCGCGGGCGGAGGGGUCUCGCCGCCACCGGCGGGCAGAACAAGGAAUGAAGAAAAUGAGCAACAUCUAUGAAUCAGCAGCCAAUACCCUGGGAAUUUUUAACAGCCCAUGCCUGACUAAAGUGGAAUUGCGAGUUGCAUGCAAAGGCAUAUCAGACAGGGAUGCCCUCUCAAAACCAGAUCCUUGUGUCAUCCUUAAAAUGCAGUCGCACGGCCAGUGGUUUGAGGUUGACAGGACAGAAGUGAUUCGGACCUGUAUAAAUCCUGUCUUCUCCAAGCUGUUCACAGUGGACUUCUAUUUUGAAGAAGUGCAGCGGCUGCGGUUUGAAGUGCAUGACAUUAGCAGCAACCACAAUGGGCUGAAGGAAGCGGAUUUUCUUGGUGGCAUGGAGUGCACUCUUGGACAAAUUGUUUCUCAGAGGAAACUCUCGAAGUCCUUACUCAAACACGGCAACACAGCAGGAAAGUCAUCUAUAACAGUGAUCGCUGAGGAAUUGUCUGGCAAUGAUGACUACGUUGAACUUUCAUUCAGCGCACGGAAAUUGGAUGACAAGGAUUUUUUCAGCAAAUCUGAUCCUUUCCUGGAGAUUUUUCGCGUGAAUGAUGAUGCAACCCAGCAACUUGUUCAUAGAACUGAGGUUGUGAUGAAUAACUUAAAUCCAGCAUGGAAGACCUUCAAAGUGUCUGUAAAUUCUCUGUGCAGUGGAGACCAGGACCGCAGGCUAAAGUGCAUAGUUUGGGACUGGGAUUCCAAUGGAAAGCAUGACUUCAUUGGAGAAUUUAGCUCAACUUUCAAGGAAAUGCGAGGAGCUAUGGAAGGAAGACAGGUACAAUGGGAAUGCAUUAACCCCAAGUACAAAGCAAAGAAGAAGAAUUACAAGAACUCAGGCAUUGUCAUCCUUAACCAGUGCAAGAUCCACAAGAUGCAUUCUUUCUUAGAUUAUAUCAUGGGAGGCUGCCAAAUACAGUUCACAGUAGCUAUAGAUUUCACUGCAUCAAAUGGUGAUCCUAGGAACAGCUGUUCACUGCACUACAUCCACCCCUAUCAACCCAAUGAGUAUUUGAAAGCCUUGGUAGCUGUUGGGGAGAUUUGCCAAGACUAUGACAGUGACAAAAUGUUCCCAGCCUUUGGAUUUGGAGCAAGAAUACCCCCAGAAUACAAAGUCUCUCAUGACUUUGCAAUCAAUUUCAAUGAAGACAACCCAGAAUGUGCAGGAAUACAAGGUGUUGUGGAGGCUUAUCAGAGCUGCCUUCCCAAGCUGCAGCUGUAUGGGCCAACAAACAUUGCUCCCAUCAUCCAGAAAGUGGCAAAAUCAGCAUCAGAGGAGACCAACACCAAGGAGGCCUCGCAAUACUUCAUCUUGCUGAUUCUGACGGAUGGUGUCAUCACAGACAUGGCCGACACCAGAGAGGCCAUUGUCCAUGCCUCCCACCUUCCCAUGUCAGUCAUCAUUGUCGGGGUGGGGAACGCUGAUUUUAGUGACAUGCAGAUGCUGGAUGGUGAUGAUGGGAUCUUGAGGUCUCCCAAGGGCGAGCCUGUGCUUCGAGACAUUGUCCAGUUUGUGCCAUUUAGGAACUUCAAACAUGCAUCCCCAGCUGCUCUAGCAAAAAGCGUUUUGGCUGAAGUUCCAAACCAAGUCGUGGAUUAUUACAAUGGCAAAGGGAUAAAACCAAAAUGCAUGUCAGAGUACGAGUCUUCCAGGACACUAGCUCCAUGAACCUGCCUGCACUCUUUUACAAAAUUAAAAAAGAAAAAUGCUACUGUCUACAACUCCUGUACUUAAAAAUGAAACAAAACAAAAAAAUAGCACGUUUUGGUGAUUUUUAACUAAAAUAAUCUUUUUCUUUUUUUUUUUGCAUGUGUAGCCUAAAGGCUUAAAUCUGUUAAGCGGUUGUAUUGUUGAAAACUUUUUAUGAGAAAAAAAUCCCGAAAAAAAAGUGAACUCUUUACAUUACAGCAUGUCGCCUUGAAAUAAAAAGUUAUCUGUAUCUGGUUUUUAUACAGGUUUGUUGAAAUUUUGCUAUAUUUCUUAUCUUUACACUGUAAAGCAUUUUGAAAUAUUUAUUGAGAGUCAUAGACAAAAUGUCUUUGGUUUAAUCUGCUAAGAACUGAGAGAUUUUUCAAAAUGGCAGAUGCAUGAACUGUAUUUUGCAUGUUUAAAAUAAAAACAACACAGUUUUGCAGUUGUCUUUAUUUCUCUCUCUGACACAAGGCUGCCUGCUUUCAACUUCCAUAUUCCAAAGACAGGGUAAUAAAGUGUUUCAAGAGAUACCUGACCUGAAGCAUGGGCAUUUCUGAUGUUAGCAGCUUAUACUAUGGACACCAAACAUGCCCGCUCAGCCUGGAGCCUGAGUAGUAAUUUUUCAAAAGCGUGACACAUCCAGCACUUAUGGAGGGUUUGGACCACAGCAGUAAACAGGCUUGGAGGGCAUGAUCCAUCAGCAUUGCAUGUCUUAGAAUAUGCCUACUUAAUCCAAACUAUCUGGCUGGCUUUCAAAUGGGUUGUAUUUUGGCUACUUUAUAAUGUCUUAUGUUUGAGAAUUCUUAUUUUGUUUCAUUUGUAUUUUUUAAUCUCACAUCCAGUAUACAACUUUGUGUGACAUGUUUUCCAAAAGAAAUUUUGCACAGCCUGAUUUUGUGACAACUGGUGAUUUGUAACUUCAUCCUCACACAGAUCACUUGUGUUUGAGAGAAAAACUGGUUUUGUACCAAAAGAAUAUUUAAGCCACCUUUUUUUUUUU